CAUCAUCGUCAUCGGUGAUAAUAUAGUAUUAUUGUUCUCUUGGCUUUGUCUCUCGUGAACGUGAGAGGGAAGGAAAUGGAGAGAGGACUUCCGCCUUCGACUUCAAGGAGAACGGAGAGGAAGAUCAUUGAGAAGAACCGGAGGGAUCGGAUCAAGCAUCUCUUAUCUGUGCUCAACUCCCUCCUCCCCUCUCAACCGUUGGAUCAGGAAGCAAAAUCACUGCCAGACCAUAUAGAUGAAGCCAUAAGAUACAUAGAGGGCCUAGAGACAGCAGUGAAGGAAGCCAAGGAUAAGAAAGAAAACCUAAUGGGCAAGAAGAGACCGAGCUCAAGCACAAGCAGCAAUGAGUCGGCGACCAUCAUAUCACCUCAAAUUGAGAUCAGUGUGAGAGAUUCUUCUCUGGAGGUGAUAUUAACUAGCAGGCUACAUGAUCAAUUCAUCUUCUCGAAGAUUCUCCGAAUGCUCCACGAGGAAAAGGUUGAGGUGCUGAAUGCCAACUUCUCCAUCAUUGGGAACUCAGUUUACCACUUGGUGCAUGCAAAGAUAGGUGAGUCCGGUUUAGGCGCUGCGACAAUAUCCGAACGGCUGAAAACAUUCGUGAAUGGAUCCCCGACCGAUGGAGGUCAUGAAGAAUUUCAUACAGAGUUUUGGGACUGUGGACUAAGUCCUAAUUUAUGGAAUUUCUAAAACCCACCAAUCCAAAUUAAUAACUAUGAAGGCUUCUCGGAGCCAAAUUUUCCAAUGCUUCAGCUUCUGAAUUUUGUAAGCAUUCUUCGAUCUAAAAGCUAAUGUUUAAUCAUGCUGUAAAAGAGUACUUGAAAUGUAGUGCAACAAUCUAUAUUUGGAGAUAUAAUGGAGAAGAUUAUCUUUAA